CCCAGCGAGCACUAUGGCAGCGGAUCCAAGCACCGCGAGCGACGUACCAAAUGGCGACUAUCAGGCACUAUGGGCAAACAAAUACCGAGGCGCCACAGUAGAAGACCUCGAUCCCCCGCCCGCCCUCUCCGUCAAGCCCACCGACCCAAUCUCAUGGGCACUCAUGUCCGGCCUUGAGCGUGAUUAUACACACCUCACUGUCAUUGCCGAAGCGAAUCGCGCACUGCUUGGAUACAUUAGCAUCCCGCAUCUCCAGCAACUUCUCAAAGAAGGCAAAGUCAAGGACAGCGACCCCGUUCAAGAGGCCAUGCACAAGUUCCAGCGACGCGGCAGGAGGUACAAGGUCAUCACUACAGAGACACCACUCGAAGAACUUGAGGAAUUCUUCAAUGGUGGAGUAGACGGCAGCGGAAAGCAGGAGUUUGCGGUGGUGACAGAUGCAAGCAGGAAAUUUGUACUAGGGGUGGCCACAAGGGCGGACUUGGAGAACUUUGCGAAGAGGAGGGCAUAAAGGACCGCCAUGGCUUCCUGGGGAAUGGGAGAACGAAUUACACGAACAGGUCGUGGUAGGUGGUGCAUCGGCAGGCGUUUACUUGGGAUACCAAUGAUCAUCAGUGUAAAGAGAGGAAUGAUCUGGCGUGUGCCUCCCAGUAAUCCAUGGAACUCCCGAAGCCUUUCCGCCUACAGUUGUAAAAAUAUCAGCCCGUAGGUCAAAUUGGGACAUGCUUAGUUGAUCUGCAUUGCGCUAGCAUGCGGUCCUGGUGGGACAUGGACAUUUGCCGCUCGAUGGUUCCAGGAAAUGACCAUCAAAUCUGGCCGAGUCUUCAGUUGAUAACCAUAAUUUAAUGACGAGCCUGCAAAUUGGCAAC